AUGCAGCCCUCAACUACCUUUGUGGGAUCAAUCGAUCAAGGCACAACGAGCACCAGAUUUCUAAUCUUCAACCGCGAAGGCGAGACAGUAGCAUCACAUCAAGUCGAGUUCAGCCAAAUCUACCCGAAUCCGGGCUGGCACGAACAUGACCCCCUCGAGAUUGUAACCUCCGUAGAGACCUGCAUCGAAGAAGCCGUCGAGAAGUUCGAAGCCCAAGGCCACACCCGGAGCAGCAUCCAAAGCAUCGGAAUAACCAACCAGCGCGAAACAACCAUAGUCUGGGACCACGAGACUGGCGAGCCCUUGUACAAUGCUAUUGUAUGGACAGACACACGGUCUCAGGAGAUUGUCGCAGAACUGAAACAGAAACCAGGGGCAGCGCACCUGCAGAUACUCUGCGGUCUGCCGCUGUCAACCUACUCGUCGGCCACAAAACUGCUCUGGAUGUUGGCGCAUGUCCCAAGGGUGAAGGAUGCAUUUGACCGCGGUACACUGGCGUUUGGUACCGUCGAUACUUGGCUGGUAUACCGUUUGAACGGUGGCGUGGCUGCCAACGUCUUUGUUUCGGAUUCUACAAACGCUUCGCGGACCAUGUUUGUGAACCUGGAGACGCUGCAGUACGAUGAUAUGCUUCUUGACUUUUUUGGAAUCAGGGAUAAACUUCAUCUACCUAGGGUUGUGCCAUCGUCUGAUGCGACAGCGUAUGGGGUUGUUGCUUCUGGUUCUUUGGCACGGGUUCCGAUUAUGGGAUGCCUGGGGGAUCAGUCUGCGGCAUUGGUUGGGCAGAAAGGGUUCUCUCCUGGAAUGGCUAAGAACACUUAUGGCACUGGAUGCUUUCUUUUGUACAAUGUUGGUGACAAGCCGGUGUUCUCGACACAUGGGCUACUGGCUACAGUGGCUUACCAUUUUGGCGGGAAACCUGUCUAUGCACUCGAAGGGAGCAUUGCUGUUGCUGGCUCUGGGAUCAAAUUCUUGCAGAAUAACUUGGAUUUCUUCCAGGAGUCCAAGGAUGUCAAUGACCUUGCCUACUCGGUGGAAGAUAAUGGUGGAUGUGUGUUUGUCACUGCUUUCAGUGGACUUUUUGCGCCUUAUUGGAUCGAUGAUGUAAAAGGGACAAUCUUCGGCAUCACCCAGUACACCAAAAAAGGCCAUAUCGCACGCGCUACCCUAGAGGCGACCUGCUUCCAGACCAAAGCAAUUCUGGAUGCAAUGGAGAAAGACAGCGGCCAUACACUCUCUGAACUUGCUGUAGAUGGAGGUAUGAGUAACUCAGAUUUGGCAAUGCAGACUCAAGCAGAUCUGAUAUCCAUCCCUGUCUACCGCCCCAAGAUGCGUGAGACUACAGCUCUCGGUGCAGCAAUCGCAGCUGGCCUUGCUGCUAGACUUUGGCAUAACUUUGCCGAGCUACGUGAUAUCAAUCGUUCUGGUGGUGCAGUCUUCGAGCCCCAGGUCCCGCCGGAAGAGAGUGCGGAAAAGUUCGGACAAUGGGAAAAGGCUGUGAAAAUGAGCAGAGGCUGGGUGGGAUCUCAGAGUGCCGAGAAGGAAGAAACUGAUGGUCUGAACAACAAGACAGUUGUACCAGUGGAGAGCCAUGAACUUCCUAUGCCCAAGACAACACAGGUCUUGCAUAAUUCUUUGAUCUCAGGUGUGGCUAAAAGCCCUACAUACACCACCACUGUCAAAGGGAGGACCCAUAUUUUGGUCAAGGAGAUUGAAGUUCAACCUCUGUCUGAGAAGACGGCAUUCGGGACCGUGUCGGGUGAUUUGGAUGAUGCAGACGAAGAGGAUUUGUUCUUGGAGCUGCGCAAAGUGGAGAUUUUGCAAAGACUUAGGAAGCUACGGAAGUGA